AUGCCUCGCAGUGGACUUGCUGCUGGCUCAGCAAGCCCUCGCUCUCCUGUGAGAGAAGCAACUAGCACAAUGUCCCGCUUGUAUCAGCGCUCAUACCCGGUCGUCGACGCUGUCGCGCUGGCGUGCAUUGUAGCUGCUUGGAUACUGAUUCAAAUUUUUGCGACCCCAUUUCAUCGCAUGUUCUCCCUGGACAAUAAAAGUAUCCAGUAUCCCUUCGCUGUUGUGGAGAGGGUUCCAGUCGUUUGGUCUAUCAUUUAUGCUGGCGUCAUUCCGUUCCUUCUCCUCCUCGCCUGGGCAGCCGUGUUCCGUCCCUACCCUCACAAGGUCCAAGUGACUUUGCUGGGCUUUCUCAUCGCACUUAUGCUAACGAGCCUUAUUACCGACAUUAUCAAAAACGCCGCUGGCCGACCUCGCCCUGAUCUAAUUUCUCGCUGUCUACCAAGGAAAGGGACCCCCAAGGACUUGCUGGUCUCAUGGACGGUGUGUACUCAAACCAACGAGCACAUCCUCCAAGAAGGAUGGAGGAGUUUCCCCAGUGGCCACAGUAGCUUCUCAUUUGGUGGGCUCGGUUAUAUGUCACUGUUCCUUUCCGGUCAAAUGCACGUGUUCAGACCGAGGACCGACCUCUGUCGCUGCCUCGUAGCCUUUGCUCCGCUUCUCUGCGCUUUGUUAGUUGCUAUCUCUCGCCUGGACGAUUACCGCCACGAUGUAUACGAUGUUACUUGUGGAUCGCUCCUCGGGUUGAUGGUAGCCUAUUUCUCGUACCGACGCUAUUAUCCAGCCCUUCGGUCAGUAACCUGCGACUGCCCAUAUGGGAGAGACGAUAUCAUCGGACCAGAUGGAUUCUCCAAACUGCCUGGUGAUGAGGAACAGCAGCUUCCGGGCUCAGCAUCUGUUGCGCGUCAGUGGGAUGCUCGGGAGUCAUAUCAACUUGCAGAAUCUACAUCCUCCUAG